AUGGCAGAAAUUUUGAAUGAAGACCAAAUUGUUGAGAUCAAAGAAGCCUUUUGCUUGUUUGAUAAAGAUGGAGAUGGUUGCAUUACUGUGGAAGAACUUGCUACGGUAAUUCGGUCCUUGGAUCAGAAUCCAACGGAGGAAGAGCUUCAAGAUAUGAUAAAUGAAGUUGAUGCUGAUGGCAAUGGAACCAUUGAAUUUGUUGAGUUCUUGAACUUAAUGGCCAAGAAAAUGAAGGAAACUGAUGCAGAGGAAGAUCUGAAAGAAGCUUUCAAGGUUUUUGAUAAAGAUCAAAAUGGAUAUAUUUCUGCUACUGAGUUGAGACAUGUUAUGAUCACUUUGGGUGAGAAAUUAACUGAUGAAGAGGUGGAUCAGAUGAUUAAAGAAGCAGAUUUGGAUGGUGAUGGUCAAGUUAACUAUGAUGAAUUUGUGAAGAUGAUGAUGACAAUUGGAUGA